AUGGUGAGAGAGAAGUCUUACAUGACCACUCCUGCAUCCACUGGGUCUGUCGGGUCUGCGUGGGUGUGGUGUGUGCACGUCAGCCGGACGCCGAUGCGUGCUGGUUGGUCGGCUUGCCUGAGGAUGUGGAGAGGCGGCUGCUGACCUCCCUCACGGCAUAUGACUGCGUCGCCCUUCGAGCCUCGUCCAAGAGCGUCGGCUGCCAGCUGGUCAGCGAGGUCAACCUGACGCGCCGCCUCGACGCGGCCAUUCGCGAGAAGGGCCUUGGUGGAGUGCUCACCUACCAGAAGCGGUGCGAGACGGUCCUGCUGAUUCUGUUGCAGUGGAUGGCGGCCAUCUUCAGUGUGGUCUCCACUCUCGUUCAAGUAACCGUGGGUCUGAGCGUUCUCCUCUUCAUUUACACGUCCAUACGCAGCUGGGCCGUCGUCUUGACAUCGUUUCUGGUGCAGCAGCCGGCUGUGUUCCUGGAUGGUUCAGUUUCGCUCCUCUCCCUUCUCGUCUGGGUGGUCCUGUUUGAGGUGAUUGAAGUGGCCAUCCGAUGGCUUGGGGAGGAAUCCAUCGUCGUGCGAGCGUAUAGGCAGUUCUGGGUGGCGCUUAAUGACUUGGGUCACUUUCUGGGUGUGUGGAUACUCCUCGAGUGUGCCAGGUCGAUCGCAUUUUUGACCCCGCCGCUUGGUGUUGAGAUCAUGGCUUGGCUGCUCCGCGUCUCAUCGUCGGUCUGGUUGUUCGUAAUGUGCCUAGCGCUCAGCAUCAUUCUGGUGUUCGUCACUCGCUCUGUCAAGCGGCGUGUGGCUUUGUCGAUCGGCAAACUAUUCCUCGAGUGUGUUGUGGCGUUGCUUUCCAUCUCUGGGAUCUGCGUCGCCUGGCUUUGGUCCCCGAGCGACGAGUGUUCCGUUCAGCUGGUCACUGUCGCCAUGAGAUGGCAUCUCUGCAUCUUGCCGCCGGUCUGCCUGGGCAUCAUGUGCCUUCGAAUCUGGAGAGGGCUGAUGGACGUGCAGCUGCUGAUCGACACUAGGGCGAGUUAUCUGUUGCGGGUGUUGUACGUCAUCGAGGAGGGCGGCUGCUGGGACCGAUGUGUGUCGCUCAUCUACUACCUCAAAAACAGCCGCCGCCUCCCCUCUCUGCCUAUCAUCAUCACGGCACACGAUCUGCGGCGAGCGGGCAGCCGGGCGGUGUUCAUUUCGCGGCCGGAGGCGGUACGCCAAUACGGACUAUUCAGCCACCGUGUCCGCCGCCCAUUGGCCCAGAUAGACUAUUUCAACGGCCAAGACUAUCUGGGCGGCUUAGCAGACACCGAUGCGCUGAAGUACGUCAGCAUCGAUUUGACCGAAUCCGACCCGCCGACCAGACGUGAGCACAGCAGCCCAGAGAACACACACAUGGGAUGGCGGAGAGAUGAGAAUGUGUGAACCGUUUCCUUUAUGUCUGCUGCCUGCCUGCAGGUGACGGGUACGUAUACUCUUCGAUCACGGAUCUCAUCAUCCUUGUCUAUCCGAUCGACGAAAGCACCCACUCGCCUCUGCGCCCCCACGUCACCUACCCAAGUGACCUCCUCACUCCCCCUCCCAAGCAGUACCAGCUCACGCCAGACGUCAUUCGGCACGCAAGGGGCCAGUGGAACGGCUGCCGCAAAGCGGGCGUGUGGUGGGUCGACAAAGGCACCCUGUGGCAGGUGCCGAACUUCAUUCUGUGUGGGGACAAGGCGGCUGAUGCGUUUCUUGUCCACGUCGACUCGCGCCUGGGGAUCUGCACCACGGAGCCCCCCGUCGCUUGGAAGCGCCGCCCAGAUGAGCGGUACCCCCGCACAGCUGCGCUCAUCCGCCAGAAGGUGGUGGCUGCAUAGGGGUCGGCUGCAUACACGAAGAGGGAGGGAGGGGGGCUGUCUGAAGGUUGGUGGGUACGUCCAGUGCCACAAGGGUGCUCGUACUUAAGUCUGUGUUUGUCGUAUGGCGUGUUUCGGGAUGCCUUUGGAUGUACAGUCAGUCAUUGCUGCAGCGCAUGCAUUAGUCAUCUGCAUGAUGAUCUUGAUCUAGCUGAGUAGACAGGGUGGGAUGUGUCGGUGCAUUUCUGCUGGGGCAUCUGUUUGUGUGUGCAUCAACCAAUUCUCAGUCCAUCCAUCCAGUCGCUCCAUGCCAAAGUGUCGGCAAACGGUACACACACACACACACACACACACGGACACCCCAAACCACACACACGGACACCCC